GAACCUGGCCUUGCUUUUGCUCCUCUAUAUAUUGUUUUGCUCUCCAUAUCAACUCCCAAUUCACAGUUCUCAAGUUCGCAAAUCAAAAGAAAUAUCAAACACUUUCUCUGAUUUCAAGUUUCAAGUUUCCAACUCAAGAAUUCAAUCGUCAUGGAGUGCAGGCCUUUGGAGAUAACAAUCGUCUCAGCCAGCGACCUCAAGGACGUCAAUAUGUUCUCCAAGAUGGACGUCUACGCCGCCGUUUCGGUCUCCGGCGACCCCCGCAACAAGAAGCAGAAGACCAAGACCCCCGUCGCCAAAGGCGGUGGCACAAACCCUAAGUGGAACAACUACUCCAUCAAGUUCACUCUCGACGACGCCGCUUUGCUCCACAACCGCCUCACCCUCAACAUCAAGCUCGUCUCCGAACGCAGCUUGGGCGACACCAAGAUCGGCAAAGUCCAAAUCCCCCUCAAGGAGCUCUUCGACAGCUUGGGCGGCGGCGAUGAUCAGAAGAAGCAGAUCAAGCACGUCGGUUACAGCGUUCGAACUUCCAGUGGGAAGCCCAAAGGAUCCAUCAAUUUCGGGUACAAAUUUGGGGACAAGUUCACAGUUCCUGUUCCUGAGGCCCAUAAGAAAACCCAUGAGCCCGUGAUGGCUUACCCAUCUGGGCAUCCCGGGUCAAGCUCCGGGUACCCGCCCGCGGCCCAUGCGGGUCCGUAUCCGCCUGCCCAAGCUUACCCGUACCCGCCGUCUGGUGGGUAACCACCACCGCCUCAUCAGCA